AUGGAGAGGAUGAGUAUCUUGAUCUUUAAACUUACAAUUGCACUCAUGAUUCUGAACUUUUACUCGGUUUCUGCUUCUGAAGAUCAGCAUGCUCUUGAUGCAAUCAGAGCUCAAAUCACUGUGGACCCUUCUGGCCUUUUAUCCAAAAACUGGACCCCAAACGCCUCUAUCUGUACAUGGACAGGCGUCUCUUGUGGCUCCCGUAUUAAGACUCAAAGGGUAAUCGCUUUGGAUCUUUCCGACAUGGGUCUUGUUGGAAGAAUCCCUCCACAAAUUGGUAGCCUAUCAUUCCUCACCUCACUUGACCUUAGCAACAACAGUUUCCAUGGUCCGAUACCUCCGGAGAUGAUGCAGUUACGCCAUCUAGAGCGAGUGUACAUGGGACACAACAAUCUCACAGGCACUCUCUCACCUUUAUUUCUUGAUAAAAUGCCAAGUCUAAAGAGCCUGAACUUAAGUUACAAUUCACUGAAUGGAAAUAUCCCAGAAGAAAUUGGUAAUCUUUCUGAGCUGCAAGAUUUGGUGUUGAAUAAUAACCAGUUUAGUGGGCUGGUGCCACAAACACUUUUCAGUCAGUCUUCUAUUAGACGGAUUCAAUUGUCAUUCAAUAGUUUUUCUGGGACUCUGCCAGAUGAUAUGUGUGAUCAGCUUGUCAAGCUUAGGUUGUUCUUUAUAUCAGGGAAUAAAUUCACAGGGCCAAUUCCAUCAAGCAUCAACAAGUGUCGGCAACUUCGGUAUCUAUCCAUGUCAACAAACAAUUUCAACGGCAGCAUACCGAGGGAAAUAGGGAAUUUGACCCUUUUAAAGGAGUUAUUUCUUGGUGAGAAUGACUUACAAGGUUCAAUUCCAGUAGAGUUAGGGAACCUGAAGAGGUUGGAGAAAUUAAACAUACAAAAGGCGAACUUAGUUGGCAAUGUUCCUCAAGUCAUAUUCAACAUGUCCUUCCUCAAAUCAAUCGAUCUCCGUAACAAUAGCUUGUCCGGAUUUUCAUCACAAAAUAUGUACACCAAUCUUCCAAAUCUUGAAGAACUAGUUCUUGCCAAUAAUUUGUUUACAGGACCUGUUCCACAUGGCUUCUGGAAAAUGAGAGGAAUCCGAAAGCUUAUUCUAUCACUUAACCACUUUACAGGAAACAUUCCUCCAGAAGUUGGUAAUUUAACGCAGAUGAAAUGGCUCUAUCUUGAACGUAAUAUGUUUACAGGAAGUGUUCCAAAUGAAAUUGGCUACCUUGAUGACUUGGAGGAGUUGGAUCUAACAGACAAUCGCUUUACUGGAAGCUUUCAAUUCAACAUCUCAACACUAAAGAAGUUGCACCUGACUAAUAAUUCAUUUUCAGGGGCUCUUCCUAUAGACUUGGGCUUCAGGCUUCCUAAUCUUCAAGGGCUAUUCCUAAGCUACAACAAGUUCCAAGGAACUCUGCCUAGCUCAAUCAUCAAUGCUUCCAAACUUUCUCAAAUAUCUAUUGUUUCCAACUCCUUUACCGGCUCCAUACCAACCACAAUUGGUAAAUUAGAACAUUUGGAAACUUUUGUGUGUGGAGGAAAUCAUUUCACCACUGAUGGCUCAGAACUAAAUUUUUUGUCAUCAUUGGCGCAUGCUAGAAAGUUGCGAAUAUUGUCCUUUGCACAAAAUCCAUUGAAGACCUUCCUUCCAGCUUCAAUUGGUAACUGGUCUACAAAUCUACAAACAUUUCAAGCACAUGAGUGCGGGAUCAAAGGCAAUAUUCCAAGUGGAAUCGGCAACUUGACUAAUUUACAAAUGUUAGGUUUGGACAAAAAUGAGUUGGAAGGAAACAUCCCAACAACACUUGGGAAGUUAAAAAAUAUCGGCCAGUUGUUUCUUGAAAAUAAUAAAUUACAAGGCGGGAUUUCACAACAUUUUUGUGACAUGAAAAACCUAGAGGAGUUGUAUUUGAGCCACAACCGGCUUUCAGGAAUCAUACCACCAUGCUUGGGAGAUAUCGAUUCACUUGCGUGGUUAUUCUUGGACUCGAAUACAUUCACCUCCACCAUACCACCGACAUUGUGGACGCAUAAAUCUCUUUUGGUUCUAAACUUGUCCUCUAACCUCUUAGUUGGAAAUUUACCAUCACGUAUUGGAAGCUCUAAUUCUCCUCUUAAUGGGUUGGACUUGUCGUUUAAUAGAAUGUCAGGUGAUAUUCCAAGUAGCAUUAGUGGGUACCAAAUGCUAAACAAACUCUCCUUGGCUCACAACAAAAUACAAGGUUCAAUUCCUGAGUCGCUUGGCACAUUAGUAAGUUUGGAGCUUUUGGAUCUAUCUCAAAAUAAUCUAUCUGGCUUGAUUCCUAGAUCCUUAGAGGCACUCAGGCAUCUACAACUCUUAAAUCUUUCUUACAAUUGGCUACAAGGAGAAAUUCCAAGUGGGGGACUCUUUACUAACUUCACUGCUUCCUCAUUUAUGCAUAAUAAAGAUCUAUGUGGUGCACCAAAACUGCAAGUCUUGUCAUGUAGAAGCAAACAACAUGAAUCGCGGGCUUUCUCUGCUCUCAAGUAUGUAUUACCCAUCAUUGCAACAAUAAUAGCAUUAGCUUUCGCUGCAUAUUUAUUAAGAAGACACAGAAAACACAUCCGAACAAAAGGCGAGCAGCCAUUACUUCAUGAAUGGACAAGAAUAUCUUAUUACGAACUUGUAAGAGCAACAAAAUCUUUUGAUGUAAGCAACUUGAUUGGAAAUGGGGCUUAUGGUUCAGUAUAUAAAGGGGAACUCUCGGAUGGAGUAACUAUAGCGGUAAAGGUUUUUAAUCUGAUUACGGAGCAUGCAGUCAAAAGUUUCAAUGUUGAAUGUGAAGUACUACGCAAUAUUCGUCAUAGGAAUCUCAUUAGAAUCAUUAGCUGUUGCACUAACAUGGAUUUUAGAUGCUUAGUAAUGGAAUACAUGUCAAAUGGGAACCUUGAGCAGUGGUUGUACUCACAUAACAAUCAUCUGAAUCUUGUACAACGACUACAAAUAAUGAUAGAUGUUGCAUCGGCCCUGGAAUAUUUACAUCACGGUCAAACCACGCCUAUUAUUCAUUGUGAUUUGAAGCCGAGCAACGUCCUCCUUGAUGGAGAUAUGAAUGCAAGAGUCUGUGAUUUUGGGAUUGCCAAAAUCUUUGGUGAAGAGGACUUCAUGCUAAGAACUGCAACUUUAGGCACAAUCGGAUAUAUGGCUCCUGAAUACGGGAUGGAAGGAAUAGUAUCGACAGGUGGCGAUGUCUAUAGUUUUGGCAUUCUGUUGCUGGAAACAUUCACUAGGAAAAAGCCCACAGAAGAUAUGUUUAGCGGUGAGGUAACUUUGCGAGGUUGGGUUAUUGAAGCAGCAAAACGUUCAAUUUUUGAAGUUGUUGACGAAAAUCUGAUCAACGAGCAUUUAUAUACAAAACACGAAGCUUUGGUGUCAGUUUUCAGUUUGGCAAUGGAUUGCACCUCUGAUUCAUCUUCUCAGAGGAUCAACAUGAUAGAAACAGUAGUUAGGCUUUGCAAAAUAAAGAAGAAUUUCCUAGACAAUAAUUAG